GCAUGUGACCAGUUAUUGACAACCAAAAUGGAGGGGGCUCAGGCACGUGUGCAAGAUGCUGUGAAUUCAAUGCUCAAUACAUUGGAUAGAGAGCAUCUAAGGAAAAUGCAAGCUGAUAUGUACAAAUGUAGUGCCAAGUGUUGUGAGAACCCAAAGUCUAGUCUGGAGGAUGUCCAGAGAUGUGUAGAUCAAUGUUCCCAGCCGGUAAACAAGGCACAGAGCUUUGUUCACAAUGAACUACAAAAUUACCAGGGACGUUUACAGAGGUGUGCUAUGGAUUGUCAGGAUAAAAUACGGGACAAAGUCAAGCCAGACUCAGCAGAUUCAGAGGUCAGCAAGUACAAAGGCGAGAUGGAGACGUGUGUGUUAAAAUGUGUGGACUCACAUAUAGACUUGUUGCCAAGUCUGUUGAAAAGAAUGAAGGAAGUACUGUCAAAAGGAAAAUGAUGUGCAGAUAAAAGCUCUGCUGUGUUCUUUUCAGGGAAUAUGCAUUUUGUCAAAUCCACUAUUCUGUUGAAUGGUGUAACCGGUGGUAUGCCUGAAAAUAAUUGAAGUUGUGAAUUACUGCGUUAAAAUCUCAGACAUAAAGGCUUAUUGUCAAAGCUACACACGGAGAGAUUUUAAAAAUGGACGAAAAACAUUUUUUAUCCAAGAAACUCAUCAGUGGAGCAAAUGCUGUGCGGUUGGUGUGUGGUUGAAGUGUUUUCUAUGCCUUCAAAUAUGUGUGCAGGGUAGAUAACUCUUGUCAGACCUUUCAGUAAAGGAUGCAUUUUAAAAUAUUAAUGUAUGUAUGUAUAGUUAUACAAUGGGAAACGUGUAAAUCCCAUAUCUUCCCGCCUAAAACAAAGCAGUACUCUUUUGCCUUUUCCUGUAGUAUGCCACACUUUUCAGUAAGUGUCUGCUUCUAAGAGACUAACAAGUAAACAGACUAUAAAAUUACACCAGAAGACAAUGUUUUUUUUACUGUGAUUUGCAUCACUUUAAGAAAUUCUAGUGUACAUCUUUAAUGGUAUUCUUCAGUGGUAAUGAAUUAUUUUAUGUGGUGUCCCCAUAAUUGUUAAAGAAUGGAAAGCAUGAUUGCUAUACAAUAUCAUCCCUGUUCCAAGGUGAUAUUGGAAAUUGCUAUGUUCUUUGACUGGAAUUGUUAUUAAUUAAAUUAAUGCUGUUUAAGUGUACAUAAAGAGAGAUGUUACAAAGCAACAUAUCACACAGUUUCAGAUUAAAGUGUUAGGUAUGGUCAAUUUUUUGUAGUUUUGUUCCUAAGUAUAAAUAAACAUAGUCGUAUUACAAAACCAUUUAGGCUUUUAAUACGAUGGAUUUAUACUGUAAUUCACCUUUAUAUUGUUU